GAUGGGGAGCCCGUCUUUCUGGGCUGCCCGCAGCCUGCUGCUCCAGCUGUUACUGCUCUGGGCCUGGGGGCAGGGAACCCAGGAUGGUGAAGAAGUGAUCCGAAUUCAGAAGGUGACCCAUGGUACGGUGCGGGCAGGGCUGGCAGAGCUGGUGGCCCUACCAUGCCUCUUUGUUCUCCAACACCCACGGGAGCCUGGCCCUCCGCACGACCCAGCUCGGGUCAAGUGGACCAAGGUCCGGGCUGCCUCAGGCCAGAGGGUGGAACUACCAGUCCUGGUAGCCAAGGACAACGUGGUAAAGGUAGCACGUGGCUGGCAGGGCCGGGUGACACUGCCAGGAUACCCCCAGGACCGUUCCAAUGCCACCCUGGUGCUGGGGCCGCUGCGGGCCAGUGAUGCUGGCCUCUACCGCUGCGAGGUAGUGACUGGCAUUGAGGAUGAACAGGACCUGCUCCCCCUGGAAGUGACUGGCGUUGUAUUCCACUAUCGGUCUUCCCUGGGCCGCUACACCUUGAGCUUCCAGGCAGCUCGAGAAGCCUGCCGCCGCAACUCUGCUGUCGUUGCGGCCCCCCGCCACCUGCAGGCUGCCUUUGAGGAUGGCUAUGACAACUGUGAUGCUGGCUGGCUGUCAGACCGCAGUGUCCGGUAUCCCAUCACAUUGUCCAGGCCUGGUUGUUAUGGAGAUCGAAACAGCCUCCCAGGGGUCCGCAGCUAUGGCCACCGAGAUCCUCACGAGCACUAUGAUGUUUAUUGUUUUGCCCGAGAACUGAGAGGAGAAGUCUUCUAUGUGUCACCACCCAGCCGACUCACAUUAUGGGGAGCCCGGGCUCAAUGCCAGAGCCAGGGAGCAGUUCUGGCCACUGUGGGUCACCUCUACUUGGCCUGGCAGGAGGGCCUUGACCAAUGCGACCCAGGCUGGCUGGCAGAUGGCAGCGUUCGUUAUCCCAUUCAGACACCCAGGCGACGCUGUGGUGGUGAGGCUCCUGGGGUCCGGACCCUCUACAAUUUCUCCAACCGUACCGGUUUUCCCGAACCCUCAGUCAAGUUUGAUGCUUACUGCUACCGAGCCCAUCACCCCACAUCUCCACCCAGGUACCGGGAUAACCCUGCUGCUGAUGGGGAGGACCUAGGGGCUCUGUCUGCAGAGGAUCUGCCCAUCGCAGGCCAAGAGAAUGUCUUGCCCCUGGACCCCCAGGAACCUCUGGUGUUCAGUGGGGUCCCUGCUGAUGAACAGCCCCAGGAUUCCUCCCUGCUUCCCAAUGAGGCUGGGUCUGGAAAGGCAGGGGGGACUCCAGUUUCGUUCCCUGGGACGCCCUCCUUGGUCACAGCCAGGUCUCAGGGGCCAGAGGUGGCCAGACAAGAGGAUCCAUGGCUAAAUAUGGUAGAUAGAACACCUAUGCCUGGAGAUUUCCAAGCAGAGACAGUCUUCCCAGAGGGCACAAAGACCCCACACUCAGCUGUGGUAGGGGCAGAAGGUGCCACCCCAAACCCCAGACUCACAGAGGACCUUAAAUCCAAGGGGACUGUGGCACCUGCCACUGAAAUGGGCAUGGAGUCUGAGGCCCAGCCAGCGAGCAGCACUGCGGCAACUCCAGUGGGCACCACAGCCAGGAGGAGGGGGCUGAAUGGACGGUACUUCCAGCAGCAGCUUCUGGAGCAAGCGACCUCUAAGAUGGGGUGGGGCAUCAGGACAGGCACAAGCCCCACUCCCCCAGGCACCAAGGAGGCCAGGAACCAUGUGGAGUUGCCCUUAAUCACAGCCACUAGGCCCAUGCUGGGCCCCCAGAGCACUCUGUCCAAUGAGGUGGACAGAGCCCACUCUAGCUCUUCAGGAAUCCAGAGGGAGGGAAGCCCACUGAGCCCCAACUCUGUGCCAUCACCAGCCCCCAAGAAAAAAGAAGAUGCCUAUCCUGGGAGUCAGGAUGGCACCCAGAACCCCGAACAGGGAACCUCAGGCCCCAACAAAGAGCCUCACGUGGUCAUAGAGCCAGGAGACCCCGAAGACUCUUCAGGGGAGGCCCAUGGUGUCAGGGAUAUGCCUGUCUUGGCCAUGCUCCGGGCCCCCAAACCACCCUUAAUGUCUCUGCCCACACCAACCCUGGACACUUAUCUCUCUGUCAGUGCCAGAGAUGACAUGGGUCUGUCUCUGUAUGGUGGAACCACAGCUGCCCCAGAAGUACUCCACAGCCCUUUUUCCCCCUACACUGACUGGCCAAUCGAAGGGAGAGACAUCUCAGGAGGGACUGAGAUUAAACCAGAGAUAAAUGGGACUGAGCCACUUGCACCAUCCAUAUUCCCUGGCCCCAAGCCCCAGGAUAAAGGAGAUCUAGAGACUGAUUCCUGGUCCCUGACUAUAGGGUGGGACAGCCAGCAGCUUGAGCAAGGCCAAGAGGUUAACCCAACUGAAUAUGCUGGACGUCAUGAGACCUUGGGGCCAGGGACCAUCUCACCAAAUGGAGAAGACACUCCCUCCCCAAGUCCAGGAUCUGGUCUCUUGUUGCAUCAGGACCCAACUGCCCAACUUAAGAUUUUGGAGGAGUCUAAAGGAAUAGAGAAGUUUAAUUUCUACACAUCCAUUCCUUCUCCUGCUCCAGUCCUGGGAAGUCAGAGCCCACAGCCCAAGGCUGACCCUGAAGAAUCAGCCAGGACCAGUGAACCUAAGUCUCAAGAGAAGUCUAAGGUAGCAACCUCCUCACCCCAGCCAGCUUCUGAAGCUGGGCAAUCCCUUGAGCUGCCCUCUACUACAAUGCAUCCAGCCAGCCCAGCCUCCGCUCAGGAAGGGAGCCCCUUGGGAGAGGGUGUCUUUUUGCCCUGGAUACCAGGAGCCUCAACCCUGGCCAAGAAAGAUUGGGCCACCCCUUCCACUCCAGAGCCAGAAGGUGAUGACACCUCUGGAGAGGGGCAGAAGGGAGCUUUGUGGGAGGCCUCCCAGACCCUGGUUCCCUUACUGCCUGGCCUACUGGAAGAGAGAGAGCCAACCACAGAUACUACCCUUCACAUACAAAGGCACAGGCUUCAGGUCCUAGAGAUUCCUGACCCCCAGGAGAUUGGACCAAGCUCUGCUUUGGACGCAGGGGCUCAGGCUCUCGGAGAGGCUGGGAGUGGAGAGGAGGCAUCGAUAAUGGGGGAAUUGGAAAGUGGAUCAUGGGCUGGGGACAGCAACCGGAGCAGCAGCGAGGAAGCUCCAGCUAACCCUUGUGAGAACAACCCCUGUCUUCAUGGUGGCACAUGCCAGGCCAAUCAUACCACCUAUGGCUGCAGCUGUGACCAGGGCUUCACGGGGGAGAACUGUGAGAUCGAUAUUGAUGACUGCCUGUCAAGUCCUUGCCUCAACGGGGGCACUUGCAUUGAUGAAGUCAAUUCCUUCAUCUGCCUGUGUCUGCCCAGCUAUGGCGGGAGCCUCUGUGACAAAGACACAGAAGGCUGCGACCACAGUUGGCACAAAUUCCAGGGACACUGCUAUCGAUACUUUGCACACCGCCGGGCCUGGGAGGAUGCAGAGAGAGACUGCCGCCGCCGAGCUGGCCACCUCACCAGCAUCCACUCCCCUGAAGAACACAGCUUUAUCAAUAGCUUUGGCCAUGAGAACACCUGGAUCGGACUGAAUGACCGCAUUGUGGAGCGGGAUUUCCAGUGGACAGACAACACAGGCCUGCAAUAUGAAAACUGGCGGGAGAAGCAGCCAGAUAACUUCUUUGCAGGUGGGGAGGACUGCGUGGUGAUGGUGGCCCAUGAGAGUGGCCGCUGGAAUGAUGUCCCCUGUAACUACAACCUUCCCUAUGUCUGUAAGAAAGGCACAGUGCUAUGUGGCCCCCCUCCAGCGGUGGAGAACGCCUCGCCGGUUGGCCCUCGGAAGGCCAAGUACAGUAUCCACUCGAGUGUGCGCUACCAGUGUGACAAGGGCUUCACGCAGCACCAUGUGGCCACCAUCAAGUGUCACAGCAAUGGAAAGUGGGACCGACCCAAAAUUGUCUGCACCAAACCUCGUAGGUCACACCGCCUACGGCGUCAUCACCACCACCACCAGCAGCAUCACCACCAGCAUCAUCACCACAAAUCCCAUAAGGAGCGGAGAAAACACAAGAAGCACCCUAAGAUGGACUGGGAGAAGGAAGAGGAAGACAACUUCUGCUGAAGGGCUACUAAGACAUAAGAAGCACAAACCCGGAACCCACUCUGACAGAUCCCUUUCUCCUUCCUAACCUUUGUAAAAAGCCCUCCAUCCCAGUUUCUCACCUGACAAGGUUCUCCCAUGUAUUUGAAACAUGGUCUAGCUCCCAGCAGAUUUCUGGUGUAAUGUCCUAAUCAAAGGAAGAACAAUCAGGAAGGUGCAUUAUGCUUUGGUUUAGCCUUCUGUUCACAAAGCCGAUUGUUUAUUUGUGGUAAGAGAAUUUGGCACAUGAAAAUGCAUUUGAAUUUACUUUCAUGAAUUCCUUUUCCCCACUGGGGAGUCAAGAAUAGCCAACACGUUGAUGUGCCAAUGGCCCUAGUCAGAGCUCAAACUUUACCGAAGAAGAUUAUUCUUGGGAAUAGAAGGAUAAUAGAAAUAUAUACAUAACUUUGUUGACUGUUCUUCCUUUUCAUGGACAUUAGAUAAUGUUAGCUCUUUAUGACAUGAUGGAUACACAUUUAUACUGCACACCUGUGUGCGUGUGCUUCCUAUUUUGAUCUGAAUAUAAGAUUCAACAAUUUUUUAAUCACAACCUCCCAAUUCUUGUAGUAUAUCGCACCUACCUAUCCAUAUCCAUACCCACUCGGUUACUCAAAAACGCUUAACCUUCAACUAGGAUGGGACAAUACUUUUAGAAUGUCAUGGGGGUGGGGUCGAAUUAUAGUCAGGGUAGACCUAUAUUCAGAGCAAUAUGACAGGUGAUGGAAGGAGGUUGGAUCAGAUGGACUCUGAGGUCCCUUCCGACUCUGAGAUUCUAUGAUUCUGAGGCUCAGAUGCUCAAAUUCUGUGACAUGUUUAAGAUUCCACAUUCUCUGGAUCUGUGAUUCUGAGAUUAUCUGAUUCUCAGAUUCUGUGAUCGGGGGAAUCUAUUAUUCAUAACUAAGAAUCUAUGAUUCUGAGUUUUAAGAUUCUACGUUUCUGAGACCCUGUGCUUGGCAGGAUAACUGGAUGGCUUGGACUGGCAGGGCCCCGGGUCCUUCAUACUUCUCAUCUUCAAGAUGCCAAGCCUAGGGGAUCGGGACAACUAGCCAGACAUAGAAGCUCCUUGCCAGUCUGAGGAGGGGGCCGAUUUGUAUACAUCUCUAUGCCCGUUCCUCCAUAGCUCAGGCAUUGAUAGUCUCCCAGACUGAAUCUUCACCCCAGGCCCUUCCUUAUCCCCUCUCUAACUGGCCCCCAUUCCCCACCCCACCACUUUCUCCCUAAAUGCCCCCUCCCACCCUGUGCUCAUUGCCAGCGGCUGGCUGGUUGAAUAGAAAUGCAUAAAACUCAAAGUAGCAACACCCACCUGUGAUCGUAUUGUAGAAAGGUUUGCAGUAUUAAAAAUACACACACACACACACACACACACACACACACAAUUUUUUUUAAAACAAAGAUGUGAGAAAGAAUGAAUGUUUCUCCGUGUCCAGAGAAGCCCCCUCCCCACCCCCAGACCCCGUUCCUGUUUUUAGCUCAGAACCAUAACAAACAGAGCAGUGAAUUAUACCCCGUAUGAAGUGAAUUUGGGGCAGCAGACAAGUCCAAGUACCUCAGCCUGGGAAACUGUCCUCAUUGAGUCCAGCAGAUGACAGAGCCCAGCCUGCAGCCUGGGUCCCUGUCCAAGUCAACACAGACAAUACAGGGUAUAUUGUGGCUGAAAGACCAAACAUAGGAUUGUGGCCCUAUGCUGGUAAAAACAACGAGCAAAUCCAGUAUUCUGGGUUCUGUUUAUAUUUCCUGGCUUAAAAAAAUCAUUUUCUAAAAACUGUAAAUGAAGGACUAGGCUUCGAUUAUAGGUUUUAAUGGGGGAAAGUAUCAACUGAGCCUGGGUUCCUAAUGUGAAAAUUUGAACAUAAUCGCCUUUAUCACAGACAGCAGUAGGCUCUCAGGAAGAUGGGGCAUUCAUUAAACAUUGGGGUGUGUGUGGUGGGGGUGGCGUUCAUGAUACCUAACCCUGAAGGGGAGACAAAGAUAAUUAAGACUUGGUCCCCCACCUCCUGAAAUUUACUUGAUAAUAGAUGUGCAAACAGGACCCUGAUUUGGGACUUUUCUCUUUAUUUUUCCUGCUGCGGACAUUAGUUGUCAUUCAGUCUUUAAAGUGGUCAUAUAGAGCCACAGUCUGGUGCUGGUUUUGUCCUUUUCUUCCUGGAGAGUCUAUUCAAAGCCUUUUCUACAUUUAAAUGAGGCCGGGAAAGGAUGUUCUUGAUUGUUCGCCUACCCACCUUCCCUUUGCCUUUGGACUUAUUGUAACUUUGGUCUCUUCUUAGCCACAGCCUCUGGUUUUACUGCUGCCAUCUCACGGCCCCUCCCUGGCAACGUUGGAGGGAGUAUCUCUCUCUUUUAUUUUCCUCAAUGGGGUUGUUUAUUAUCUUUGUAUGUGGAUGCCUGGGUGUGCCUGUGUGCGUGUGUUUGAAAAGCUUUGGACUCAGCUGGUUUUGCUGUGACUACAGUGUUCCGUAGGCCUGUGGUAUCUGACACUGUGCAUUGGUGUGCUCUCUUGGACAUUUUAAUAAAUUUUUUUUAACAGUUCAACCC